AUGAACACAUUCACUGUUCUUUGCUUACUCGUUUUGUUGCCCGGCUGUUUGAGCAUCAUUUGCUAUGUAUGCUCGGCUGGAGGGAAUGGAUGCGAUCCGUUCAGUGCCACUGGUACAGGUGUAUCAACGACCAACUCAAGUACAAGCUGCGUGAAAGUUACGACCGGAGUUUCGUCAGGCACCUACCGAAACGGUUUAAGUGGGUGUGUAGCUGGCAAUAUUGCAAGCGUUGGUACAUUUUGCUGUUCCACAAAUUACUGCAAUGGAGCUACCAGCAAAUAUCAAGCACCAUUUCUCUUAGGCUUUGUUCUCGCUGCUCUUUUCGCGAAAUAUCGAUUUCUUUAA